UACAUGAUCUGGAAUGCAGUUAACGAUCCCUUAUUUGGAUACAUUCAGGACAACUCCAGAGUGCCCUGCUGUUCCAAACGGAGGCUGUCUAUUCUUUAUGGGGCUCCGUUCUAUGCACUGACCUUCCUCCUUGCCUGGUUUCCAUGGAGAUCAUACGAGGCAGGCGAUUGGCUGAGCGGAGUGCACCUCAUCGUGACCCUGUGUGCCUUCGAUGGCAUGCUGACCUUCGUUUUGCUGGCCCAGUGCGCGCUCUUUGCAGAAAUCUCUAGCCAUCACGAGAACAGACUGACGCUCAUCAAGUACAACCAGGUGGCCUCUCUGAUUGGCUCCUCCAGUGUCUUGUUCUGUGGACUGGUGUCAGAAAACAUGGAGAACUUUGCCAACUUCCAGAGCUUUGCAGUAGUGGUGGCACUGCUCGCUUGUGCCUGCAUGCUCUACACGGGGUUCCAGAGUGCGAGCCCGUAUGACCGCUUCGGGUCAAAGGCCACUGACAAGGCAGAACAGAGAGACGGGGCGGCCCUGUCGUUGUCUUCAGUGUUCUGCAUGACCAAGCAGAUCUUGACCCAGAAGGACUUUGUGCUUUUUGUCUCCAUGAACUUCUUCCAGGUCUUCCUCCUGGCUUUCUGCAACAACUUCACCAUGAUCUUCGCGGAGCAUCUCAUCCCCCAGAACGUCCUCCCAUCCUUCGUCAAGAGCAUCAUGUACGGAGCUGGGUUCAUCUGCCCGCAGCUCCUGGUUCUGAGCAGCCAGAACCUGCUGAGGACUGUGGGAUACUACAGAGUCAUCCUGUUCACCUUCUACCUGGAAGCUGGGGCUGCAGCCGUCAUGUUCAUUCUGGGGCGUCACCACUACUACAUCCUGGCAUUGUUUCUCAUUGGAAACAUGGUUCUGAUCCAGGCUUCGUUUAGCUUGUUUAAUUUGCCUUUGGCUGACAUAAUUGAUGCUGACCUUUACAAGCACAAACGCAGCACCCCGCUGUCCUCAAUGGUGUUUGGCACCAAUGCCCUCUUCACCAAGCCUGCCCAGUCCCUGGCUCCUAUGCUCGUGGUCAGUAUACUGAACCAGGUUGACUAUGAGAAGCUGAAGGACAUUGCUGCCAUUUCUGAUCAAGGUUCUUUGCAGGAGCUUCAUGAUGCCAUGUUUUAUUUGGUGUGUCUGGUGCCUGUGUGCAUUGCAGCUCUACAGAUCUUGGCCUGGACUCCUUUUUCAAUCCGGGAAAGCCACACAGUCGAUGCAAAAUACACUGAGACUUAAGGACCGGGCUCUGUGAGAGCCCUGAGGACCAAGAGGCAGUCUGAUUAUGAUAACCACAGCUUCAAAGAAGCUAUCUCAAAGAGUUCAUUCGUGCUGGAGCAUGCCAGCUUUUCCUUCUGACGGUCAAUAAAAAACAAAUGGUUUUUAAAGGAAAAAAAAAACUUUCAUGGUGCUGUUUUUAAAUGUCCUCUGGAAUAUUGUAAUUGUUUCGUUUGUUGGUUGAUUGGUUGGUAAGAUAUAUCAAUAUUAUAAUCUGAAACUUGGACAUUAAGGUAAGAAACAGACCUGUAUUUUCAUUUUUAAAAAAGAUGUGUUUCUAAAGAUUGUGGCGGUAACCGGUUUAUUCACCUUAUUUGUAGUUGCCAUCGAAACGCUUUUGACACAUUUUUAGGCAGCAAUUUGUUACAGUGUACACUACACCCAGAGUGGCAGUAGAUUCGCUUGUCAGUUUUGCAUUGCUUUAGUAAAAAACACAGAGCAAUGAGACGCAGGAGAUGGAGAUACCAGGCAAUGAAAGCAGCUCGACCACUACCACUGUGGGUCAUUACUGGGUAUCUCUCACCAGCGCCUGUUGAUAGAACUGCAUUGACCUGCUUAUGUAACUCGCUCUUUAUUUUUCUAUCAUACUUUUUGUCGCUAAUUUGAUUUUUUUCUUCUUUCUGUUAAAAUAUUUAAAAAAAAACAUUUUCAAAAUCGAAAUAAAUAAAACAAUAAAUGCUCAAUUUGUCAGCUGUCGUUCUCCAGGAAGGUAAUUUUUUAUUUGAAAAUGCUACCCUUAACAGUUACCCAUAGCAAAAGCACAGCAAAGUGUAAUAAAGCACUGUAAAGCAUAGGUAAGCAUUGUAAAGCACAGAUAGGUAUGGUAAAGCAUAUAGAACAAAAACACGGCAAACUGUGAUAACUGCAUAGUAUAAGUAUGGUAAGCGAUUAUUAGGGUGUAGUUAUUAGUGGUUACUUACACCUGACGUGUUUCAUUGUUCCGUCUGCAUAACUUUCCUUCCAAUCUACUUGUUUUAUUUAACCCCUGUGAUAUUCUGUAUGUACGUCUGUACACUGCUGUGCAAAAGUCUUAGACAUGUUGCAUUUUAUACUCUGAUGCACUAUGAGUAUCAACAAUUUACUCAAAGCCUCCACUAGUGUUUUCUACUAUUAUAACAACCUUGACUUGCAUAAAGAAGGAAAAACAGUGAGUGAAGUAGCUCACAUCACUCGAUUUUCAAGGUGUGGUAUCCAAAUCAUAAUCGACAAGUACAGUGAAACAUCAUCUGUAAUUGACAACCCAGGACUGGAAGACCCAAAAAGCUGUCUAACAAGGAUGAGCAAUACUUAAA